GGGCAAGGGAGUGGGAUGGACAAAGGAGUAGCUGGCAUGGCGGCAGAUUUGGACUCGUCAGCCAGGUUUGCUGCAUGUGAUGCUGCAGGGGAGCAGCCUUUAGGGCAUCAUGCUCCCCUGGAGCGUGCUUCCGUGGAGCGACCUGCUGGUGAGGAGGGGGAAGGGGAAGCAGUGAAGGAUUAUAGGUAUAGGGGUGGCAGGCAGUGAGAUAAACGGUGAAGGCAUGGCCAGAAGUGGGUUAGACGGUGCAGGCAGGGCCAGAAGUGGGUUAGACGGUGCAGGCAGGGCCAGAAGUGGGUUAGACGGUGCAGGCAGGGCCAGAAGUGGGUUAGACGGUGCAGGCAUGGCCAGAAGUGGGUUAGACGAUGCAGGCAGGGCCAAAAGUGGGUUAGACGGUGCAGGCAUGGCCAGAAGUGGGUUAGACGAUGCAGGCAGGGCCAAAAGUGGGUUAGACGGUGCAGGCAUGGCCAGAAGUGGGUUAGACGGUGCAGGCAUGGCCAGAAGUGGGUUAGACGGUGCAGGCUUGGCCAGAAGUGGGUUAGACGGUGCAGGCUUGGCCAGUGGCGCCUGGCGGUCGACUGUGAGUGAAGAGGGAGGCGUUGCUGCUGCUGUGGCUGAGGCCAGGAGGAGACUGGCUGAGAGGGAGGACGAAGGAGGCAGGCGGGGGGCUGAGGAGGUGCAGGCGAGGAGGGGAGAGGGUGAGGAAGAGGGAGGCGUUGGAGCUGCUGUGGCUGACGCCAGGAAGAGACUGAUUGAGAGAGUGGGCGAAGGCAGCAGGCUUCGUAAUGAGGCAGCGGUGAGGAGGGGAGAGGGCGAAGAAGAAGCAGGCGACUUGGAGGGGAAUGCAGUGGGGGAGAGAGGAGCAGGAGAGGGGGUGGUGAGGCAGGUUGCAGCAGAGGGAGAUGCAGAAGUGGGAAGGGAGGAAGGUUUGGGUGAUAAAGGGCAGCUGCGAGGAACGGUUGGGGGGGAGGGGAGUGAGGAGAUGGAGGAGGGUGAGUGGCAUGUAGAGGAGGAUGCGGGGGGACGAGGUGAAAGUGCGGACGGAGGUGGGCGUUCCUUGGCGCAGCACAGGCCGAUUGAAGAAGAUGGGAGCCAGGCGAGGCGUGAGCAGCAGAAAGGCUCACAACAGCAGCAGCAGUUACAGCAGCAGCAGCAGCAACAGCAGCAGCAGCAGCAGGAGCAGCAGGGCGGACAGAAUGAGCACAAUGAGCGCAACAAGCAAGCACAUCAAGAGAGAUGGCUGGCCCGCUCGUACUCCGUCCCGUCUCGCCACUCCCACAACGAACCUCCUGCUCUCCCAUGCUCACUCUCACACCUCCACCGACCUGCUGACUCCAGGCAUCCACCAGGUCCCCCUCCCUCCUUGCUCGCACCCCUCCCCCCAAGACUAGGUGCGACUGCGAGCAGCCAGCAAGGCCCAAGGGGAGUAGCAGCGCUGAACCAUGGGCUGCUGCCCACUCCCCUUGGGCUGCUCCCCCCACUGCAUGGCGCCCUGCCCGCCCCCCAUGGGGGGCUCUCUGCUUCCCAUGGUGCACUGCCCUCCCCCCAUGGCGCAUUCCCCACACGGCAUAGCACAUUCCCCCAUCUCCAUGGCGUGUUCCCCACCCCCCAUGGGGUACCCCCCAGGCCCCAUGGCGCACAUGUGCACAGAGCGCAGGAGCCCAACCAGACCCAUGCACGUGGGCCUCAGCAGCCCGACCAGGCUGAUGCGUUCCCGCCUCUCCCUGCACCCCUGUUCACAUCUCCCCCACGCCCCCAUGCCUACCAACUUCCCCGUCAGCAAGGCCCACAUCUGCCCAGUCAUCAAGGCCCACAAGGCCUUCUGCCACGUCAUCAGCCACCCGGCUUUCCUGCACGCAUCAACACCAACCAUCCCCCCACCUUUCCCCCCACUGGCUCUCCAACCACCUCCCCCCGCUACCCUCACAAUGCUCCGCCCAACCUUGCUCGUCUUCCUGCUCCCCCCAACCAUCCCCCAGCCUUUACCUCCUACCACACCCCUUCCAACUCUCACCACCCCCCUCCUCCAACCCCUCAUUUACAUUCUGGCCUGCCGGUUAGACCACCAUUGCCCCAAAACGGCUUUUUUCCAAGCAGUGGCCGACACGCCCCUGGUUUGCCACCUGACCGCCGUUUCCCACCUGGUUUUCCACUUCAGCGGGAACAACCUGGACUCUGGCGUGGACAACCUGGAGCUGGUUACAGGGUUAGUCCACAGGUGAACCCUCAGGUGAAUCAUCAGGUGAAUCGUCAGGUGCGGUUCCGUGGGGGCCUAGCGAGCUGUGUGCCUUGCGAUCCGGAUGAUCCGAGGUGGCAGGAGGAUGUGCCACGUGGCUCGCCAACAGAAGGGACACGUGGCUUGCCGAGCACUGAGACGAGUGAGUGGGAGGGUGACGUGGCAACUUACAUGCCAGAUGGGUCUCCGAAACGAAAGUCAUGUGAAUUGCCGGGUGAUGACACAAGUCUCAGAGGGGAUGACGUGGCGAGUCAGGUGCCAGAUGGCCCGUCAAAAGCAGUGCCACGUGGGAUGGCAAGCAGUGGCUCAGGUGGCAAAGGGAAGGGUGAUGUGGCAAGUCAGGCGCCAGAUGGCUCAUCCAAGGCUUUGACAUGUGGGCUGGCAAGCAAUGAGACACGUGUUAAAGGGAAUGAUGGCGUGGAAAGCCCAGUUCCAGAUGGCCCAUCAAAGGCAGUGGCACGUGGGAUGGCAAGCAGUGAAACACGUGGCGAAGGGAAGGAUGAUUUGGCAAACCAGGUGCCAGAUGGCUCUUCGAAGGCUUUGACAUGUGGGCUCGCAAGCAAUGUGACACGUGGCAAAGGGGAAGAUGACGUGGCGAGCCAGGUGCCAGAUGUCCUGUCAAGGGCAGUGGCAUCGGGAAUGGCAAGCAGCGAAACACGUGGCAAAGGGGAAGAUGACGUGGCAAGCCAGGUGACAGAAAACAUCCCACGUGGCAGGGAGGAACCUGUGCAGAGGCCAUCCCCUGACAGCGGGUCAAGAGGGAGGGGAAGAGAGAGAAGACUUGGGAGAGGGUUUUGGCGGGGGUGUGUGUUGGUGCGAGGCGGGGUGCUGGUGGGAGGCGGGAGGAGAGGAGGGGGAAGAGGAGGGAGAGGGGUAGGAGGGAGGGGGGUAGGGGGAUAUAGAGAGGAGCCCCAGGAUGAUUGCUCAGGCUUGUCGGGUCACCAGUCAGCGGAUUCAGGGGCUUCUGGUGAUGAAUCUUCAGACGAGCUCUCCGAUGCAUCUGGGGAGCAAGCAGUGCGUGCGGCACGUGCUGUUGAGCACACGGGCGUUUCCUGUCAGCAGUCGGCCCAUUCAGGGGCGUCUGGUGAUGAGGCGCAUGAAAAGCACUCUGAGGCGUCUGGUGAGCGAGCAGCGCAUGCAGGUGCUGCUGGCGGGGUGAAGGCGCAUGGGGGGGCAGCAGACGGUGCUGUUGAGCGCGCGGACUUGUUGAGACAGCAGUCAGCCCAUCCAGGGGCUGUUGCUUCUGGCGAUGACUCACGUGACAAGCACUCAGGGGUAGGUGGUGAGCAACCAGCGCAUGCAGGUGGUGCUGGCGCCUUGAAGCAGCAAGGGGGUGAAAGAGACGGUCAGACGCAUGGGGAGGCUGCUGUUGGCGAUGUCGCAUGUGAAAAACACUCAGGGGUAGGUGGUGAGCAGCCAGUGCAUGCAAGUGCUGCUGGUGCUAUGAAGCAGCAAGGGGGUGAAAGAGAUGGUCAGACGCAUGGGGAGGCAGCAGGAAGUGAGAAGCAUGGGUCAGAAGAAGCGAGUGCAGUGGUGGAGAGGGGCGGGGAGCGGUCUGUGCUGGGUAAAAGGUCACGGCAGGAGGCUGGCUUGAGCCGGGAAGAGGCAGGCUUGGGAGGACAGGAGGCAGGCUUGGAGGGACAGGAGGCAGGCUUGGGAGGACAGGAGGCAGGCUUGGGGGGACAGGAGGCAGGAGGGGGAGGCGAGGCAGGGAAAAGCGGAGAGGGGGUAGCAGCUGGAGAAGUGAUGGCCGCGGAUGGCCGGGCAAUAGAGGAGCGUGGUGAAUUGCAGAGCGAGGGGCCUUGGUCGGAUGGGGCUGUGAUUGCCGAAGACGGGGGAUUAGUGAAUGAGGCAGUGAGAGAUGGACGAGCAAUUGAGAGCGAAAAGGGGGAUGAGGAAAAGGUGGAGGGGGGAAGUGAGGAGGAUGCAAGAGAGGAGGAGAGAGGGGAGAUGGAAGUGGACGAGGCGGGAAGAGUACAGGGAGAUAGAAGGGUGGAGAAGAUGGGGGAAGAGGAAGAAGGAGAGGAGGAGAGAAGGGAAGAGGAGAGAGGAGAGCUGGGAAGUGGAGAGAAGGGUGCGGAGGAGGAAAGGGGGGAGAAGUUGCACGCGGUUGAGGAGGGUAGAAGCAGCAGCCCGGAACGAGAGCAGGAGGGUGCAGAAAGGGAGAGUGGAGAGAGGGAGGACGGCAGAGAGGUGGAAUCAGGAGCAGAGGGGAAAGUAGGGGAGGAGAGGGAGGUGGGGGAGGAAAGGGAGGUGGGGGAGGAAGGGGAGGUGGUGGAGGAGAGGGAAGUGGAGGAGGAAAAAGAGGUGGAGUCAAAGAAGGGCGAGGAAGGGCGGUCUGUCGGAGAAGUCGGUGAGAGGGACGAGGGCGUGGGUGAGGGUAGUGAGCGUGGGGGAGAGGAGGGGGGGAGUAGUGCGCAUGAGGGUGAGAGGCAAGAGGGUAGCCUGGAUGGGGAGGCGGUGGGAGAGGCAGGGGCAUUGAAAGGGCAGACUAUCACCGGUGCAGACACUCCUGCCCCAGAAACACCUGCACCCGAUACACCUGCACCCAAUACACCUGCACCUGAUACACCUGCACCUGAUACACCUGCACCCAAUACACCUCUCACAGAAACACCUGAACCAGAUACAGCUGCACGCGAUACAGCUGCACGCGAUAUUGCUGCAGCAGAGUCAGCCAAGGAGAGGGCGCAUGGGGAGGGGGGAGAGGGAGGCAGUGAGGCGGCUGAGAAGGAGCAAGGCAGUCGAAGAGGAGUGGCAGGAGGGCAGGAGGGGACUGUGGGUGGGGCUGAGGGUGAGGGUGGGAAUGCUUUGGGUAGAGUAGAGGAGGCAGAGGGAGCAGAUGGAGCAGUGGGGACAGAGGGGGCAGAGGGAGCAGAGGGAGCAGAGGGAGCAGAGGGAGCAGAGGGAGCAGCGGAAGAAGAUAGAGGAGAGAGAGGGGAGGGAGCAGAGACAGCAGUGGGGGCAGAGACAGCAGUGGGGGCAGAGACAGCAGUGGGGGCAGAGCGCGAAGCAGGGAUAGCUGGGGAAGGAGGGGGGGGAGGAGUGGAGGGAGCAGUGGAUGUGGAGAUGACAGAGGCGCAUGAGGAACGAGCAGCAGCAGAAGGAGGGGGCGCAACAGUCAGAGCCAGGGAAGCAGGAGGCGGAGAGACAGAGGGAGGCGGAGAGAUAGAGGGAGUCGGAGAGAUAGAGGGAGGCGGAGAGAUAGAGGGAGGCGGAGAGAUAGAGGGAGGCGGAGAGAUAGAGGGAGGCGGAGAGAUAGAGGGAGGCGGAGAGAUAGAGGGAGGCGGAGAGAUAGAGGGAGGCGGAAAGAUAGAGGGAGGGGAAGAGAUGAGCGGAGGGGAAGAGAUGAGCGGAGGAGAGGUGGAAGGCUGUCAAGCAAUGGUGGGCUUAGUAUUGGUAGCGGUAGCAGGUCAAGCAGGUCAAGCAGGUCAAGCAGGACAAGCAGGUCAAGCAGGACAAGCAGGCCCAGCAGGUCCAGCAGGUCCAGCAGGUGGAACAGGCAUGGCAGACAGAGGUGCCACUGGCGCUGCCACAGCAACAGCUAACACGGUUGAAGUAUCAGGAGCACUGACAGUGGCUGCAGCAGCAGCACCGGCAACACCAACAGCAACUGCAGAAACAACAGCAACAGCACGAGCAUCUGCAUUAACACCUGCUGCAGCAGCAGUAGUUAUGCCAGCAACAGUGCAAGCAACAGCGCCAGCAACAGCACCUGCACCAGCAGCAAUACCAGCAACAGUGACAGCAACACCAGCAGCAGCAGCACCGGUGCCAGCAGCUUCAGUGGCGCCAGCGCGCUCAGCACCAGCAGCAGCAGCAGCAGCAGCAGCAGCACCAGCACCAGCACCAGCAGCAGCAGCAGCAGCAGCAGCAGCAGCGGUAUCGCCUGCUGUCUCUGACCUUCCUCCCUCUCGCAUCCGCAGGCCCUCCAGGCAGCCAUCCCCCCCCCGCCUGAGCUUCCUGCACCGCCUCAAUGGCUUGCAGCACCAGAGCAUGCUCUCCCGCGAUAUGCAGCUGCACCGCCAACAACAGCUGCAGCAGCAGCAGCAGCAGCAUGGUCAGCAUGCUGCUUUGCCUGACGUUGUCAGCACCACUCCCCCUUCCUCAGACCACACCCCCAUGAACAGUGCCACUCUCUCCGCCGCCCAGAACCUCGCCCCUUCCACACGGGAUGUCCUGCUGGCGGAACGGCUGCGAUUGGAGGAUCUCCAGAGGCACCAGCAGGCCGCCACGCUGGCAGCCGAGCGCCAGCUGGACGACGAAUACGCACGCCAGCUGGCGCUGCUGCAGCAGAGGUUCGAGAGGAGGAAGGCAGCAGUGAGAGCGAAAGGGGCGGCGGCGACAGAGAGGACAAGGGAGGCCAUAGGGAUGGUGGACGGCUUGAUGCCGCUGGUGCAGGCUUGGCAGGCCAAGUAUCCAAAUGCGCCCGCAGCUGGAGGUUCGGGAGCAGCAGGUUCAGGAGCAGGUUCGGGAGCGGUAGGUGUGGCAGCAGGAGGGGUAGGGAACCAGGUUUCAGCGAGAGGCUCGGUUUGUGCUGUUGCUGGUGCUGGUGCUCAUGCCACUGCUGCUAGGGUAGCUGCGGGCGGUGGUGCUGCGGGUGGUGGUGCUGCGGAAAUGGGUUUGGAUCCGUCAGCCACACCAGCUUUGCGUGCACCAACAAUAAGCUCCCGAGCAGCAGCAGUCGGCACAGCAGCCAGCCAGCAUGCAGGCACAGCGAGCAUGCCUGCAGGCACGUCAGGGAUGCAUGGGGCACGCAGUGCUGCGAUGAGUGCAGUGGGUGCGGCCAUGGGUGCUGCAGUGGUUACCCCCCAAGGAGGUGCUGUCAGGCCAGCGCCGCCACUGCCUCGUGUUGUGCUGGCCAGGCACCACGUGCCGAUGCAGCAGCUGCUGCAGCAGCAGCAGCAGCAGCAGCAGCAGCAGCAGCAGAAUCCGCAGGCGCAUGUGCGCACACCCUAUGUGCCACCUCCUGCAAUGAGUGUGACAGGCUGUGCUGUCGCGGCUGCUGCUGCAGCUGGUGCUGCCAGUGGUGGUGCUGCUGGCUCUGCUGCCGCCGCUGGUCCUGCUCCAGCUGCUGGUCCUGUUGUUGUUGCUGCUACUGGUGGCGCUGUACCCUCUGCUCGAGCAGCCAUCGCUCCCCUUCCCCGUGCCUUUCCUCUUGCCACCACUGCUGCCACGGCAGGUGCUGCUGCCACCAUUCCCUUUCCGUGCUUGAGCUUGCAACGAGCUGGACAGCAGCAACAGCAACAGCAACAGUAUCAGCAACAGCAAGAGCGUCAGCAGCUUCAGCAGCAGCAGCCGCCGCAGCAGCGAAGUGUAUCAGCCGUGCAAGUAGAAGCCUUGGAAGCCUUUCUUCUGCGCCGGAGGCUGUUGCAACAGCAACAGCAACAGCAACAGCAGCAACAGCAGCAGCAACAGCAACAGCAGCAGCAGCAACAGCAGCAGCAACAGCAACAGCAGCAACAGCAGCAGCAACAGCAACAGCAGCAGCAGCAACAGCAACAGCAACAGCAGCAGCAACAGCAACAGCAGCAGCAGCAACAGCAACAGCAACAGCAGCUGCGGAAGCAGCAGCUACAGCAACAGCAACAGCAACAGCAACAGCAGCAGCAACGGCAACAGCAACAGCAGCUGCGGCAGCAGCAGCUACAGCAACAGCAACAGCAGCUGCGGCAGCAGAAGCAACAACAGCAGCAACAGCAACAAGAACAACAGCAGCGGCAGCAGCAACUGCAACAGCAGCAAGAGCAGCAGCAACAGCGGCUACAGCAGCAACAGAAGCAGCAGCAGCAACAGCAGAGGACGUCGUCCCAGCAACAGUAUCUACAGUCCUUCAUGGUGUCCGGAGUGAAUCGAGUUUUUGUCGCAGCUCCUGCUGUCAUUCCUCCUCCAGCUACCACGGCCAUUUCUCCUCCUCCCACUGCUCGAGCCUCGCCUCCUGCUGUUUCUCCUCGCUCUCCUGCUGCUGCUCCGCAGCCUGCAACUUCCCCUCCUCUCAGACGCACCUCACCGUUUCCCUCCGCUGUGCACGCACGCACAGCUGCUCCAUCGUCCCAUGCACAACCCUAUGCCACUCAGUCACAUCCACAUGGCAUAAGUCCUUCACAAGCCAUGCAUCCUCCAUCACAUGGCACCCAUGCCAUCCUCAGCGCCAACCCUGUACAUUCCCAUGCCUCAGUACAGGCCUCGCAUGUUUUCCCCUCACACGGGCAGCAGCAAGGGCACGUGCAUGGGUCCAGUGCAGCGCAGGUGAUUCAGCUCGACUCAGAUGAAGAGUAGCCAACCCCGCUGUCCUUCUGCUUCACCUCAUCUCGCCUAUCUUUCGCCGUGUCAAUAGAGAGGUCCACUCUAUGGCGGGUCAGAACAGGACUCAAGAUCACUACAUCCCACACCCACGUGUACUCUUGCUCUGUUCAGCAUCACCUCAUCUAUGACCUCACCUCAUCAUCACGCCUAUCUUUCGAGAGUGCCAAUGCCAACAGAGCCAUUCACUCUAUGGCCUGGUCAGAACAGGUCCCAGGAGGACCACCGCACCGCACCGCACCACACCCCACCCCACACUCACAUGUACCACCCCGGGAUAGCCCCUACACACACAUAAACUGCAUGGGUUCCUGCAUUCGCCCGCAGUCGUGAAGCAGAGCAAGUGCAGUUGGGGACCGUUGUUUAUGUGUGCGCACCAUGCUGCAGCUUGCUUGGUGGGACGGUGGGACCCUCCAUUGGGGCCAGAGCAACGUGUGACUCGUCGUUUUUUCCGUCAACAGGACUAAUUUCUCACCACCUAGCCAGCCACCAUCUGUCACCCCCACCAAUACCUUAGCCGUGUCAGGGAUCACACCGUCACACGUCACAGUCCACUCCACAAGCAGGGGAGCGUUACGACAUGCUGCCGUUCACAUCAUGUGAACGAUCUCGGAGGUACUUGCAAUGAGAAAAUGUGUGCAGUGCACCCAACAGAGAGUCCACUAUUGGAAUUUGGUACAGAGUUGUGUCGGAAGAAGUGU